AGGCAGACGUUACGUUCCACCGUUCGGCGCGCAAGAAUCGCCAGCCCAGCUCGUAGAAAGUCGCGCCUGCGCAGAAACUUCAUAGCUAGAAAAUCAUAUAAGAAAAAUACUCGAAAAGAAAACAAGAUCAUAUGAAAAGUGUGGAAUAGCAACAGCAUCAUGCUGCCCAAGUGCAAUCAAAAUGUUGUCCUCUUUUGACUCUGUGGUUUUGCGAUCUUGAAUUUCACUCCCCCUCUCCGGAUUUUGAAGACCACGCAUCCGUAUUUAUUAACUGCCUUGUGUUCUCUGCAUAUCAAAACGCAAAAGUGAAAGUGAUUUUUCGGUGUUUCGGUGCGUGAGUGCCACUUGAAUGACAAAUAUUGAUAUGCUACAAUGAAAACCGUCCACCGACAGCCAACCAAAUAAGCUUCGAGAAGAGAAACUAUCAACGAAAAUAACAUAUAUUUUGUGUGCGCCCAUUGGAUUACGGAAAGUUCCCGAACUGCUCAAGGAUACCAAUCGGGAUUGGAGUACACCUAGCACACAGCGCUAUUAUUAUCAAACAAUUGGAUUUGGAUAUGGCUGCCAACGAGAUUAUGACACCCACAGUCAAUGCGAAUUGUCAAUACUCGACCAGAUAUUGUUGGGAGGCGGAAAAAGUCAAAUCAUUGAUCAGAUUGCGGGCGGAACUGUCGCCUUUGUUCACAGGCAAGCGAAAUGCCUCCAAAUAUGCCUGGGCCGUGGUGGAACGGGAGCUCAAUGUGCCGCUGCCGCUGUCGAAGAUCAUCAAGAAGUGGAACAAUCUGCUGCAGGAGUACAAGGCCAUCAAGAUGUCCGAGGAGCCCAAGCGACGCGAAUGGCCCUUCUUCACACUGAUGGACGUGUACUUCAGCGACCAGGUGAACGAUCCCUCACUGCGUCUCUUCUCGUCCACAAAGACGCUCAGGGAGACCCUGGAUGACAGCGUCUUCGAGGAUGAUCCAAUUAUCGCCUCGGCCAUUGCGGCCGCCACCAGUGGCGCCUACAUGGACAUUGAUGAGCUCAUCCGGCGGCAGAAGGAGCGUGCUGCUCUGGCCGCCGAGCGAAAGUUGGCUGCCGCUGCCAGCGGAGUCACUGGUGACUACAAAUUCGAUCUGAAGCCCAUGCUAUCGAACAGCAAGUUCAACAGCAACAGCGAGAUGGCCAAGCUGUCCAAGAGCGUCGACGACCUCUCCAUGCAGCAGUACAAGAUCAAGCAAGAGAUUAUGCGCCAGCGGGAACAUGAGCAGCAGGAGAACAUGGUCAAGAUCAAGCAGCACGCACGCCAGCAGCAGCAACAACACCACCAGGCACAGCAGCAGCAGCAGCAGCAGCAGCGAUUCCUGGGCCACCAGCAGACCCUGUCGCCGCAUCCACACCGGCUGUCGUCCUCGUCGACGCCACCAGCUUUGCAGCACGCCCUGCAGCAGCAGCAGCAGCACAUGCUGCAGCAGCACCAGCUACAGCAACAGCUGCAGCAUCAGCAGCAGCAACAACAUCAACAGCAAUUGCAGCAGCAGCAGCAACAACACCACCAACUCGCUCAUCCCCACCAGCCGCACACACCGCGCCCCAGUACGCCACCCACCACGGCGCAGCAGAUCCACAUCACGGCCACCCAGCACCAGGCCGCCCAGCAGCAGCUCCACCAGCAGCAGCACCAGCCGUCGCACAAGCAGCAGCAAUCCUACGCCGAUCCCAACACCAUCGACCAGUACCUGCUGUCGUGGAACAACUUCCAUGGCAACAUGUGCCGCGGCUUCCACUCCCUGCAGAAGGAUGAGAAGAUGGUGGACGUUACCAUCGCAGCCGGCGGCAAGAUAUUCAAGGCACACAAACUGGUCCUUUCCGUUUGCAGUCCCUACUUCCAGCAGAUCUUCCUGGAGAACCCAUCGAGUCACCCCAUCCUGCUGAUGGCCGACGUGGAGGCCAGUCACAUGGCCGGUCUGCUCGACUUUAUGUACAGUGGCCAGGUGAAUGUCAAGUACGAGGAUCUGCCCGUUUUCCUGAAGGUCGCCGAGGCCAUGAAAAUCAAGGGGCUGCACACAGAGAAGAACCUGGACAGCGAUACCAGCGACAUAAGUUCGCCGCAUGAAAGCGACGCCACCGAGUGCCGUUACGAGCGUGGAACGCACAGCGUGAACAUCACCAGCGGCCAUGCCGCCGGCUAUGGAGGAGUACCGUCGUCGCAGCAGUCCUCGCCGUCGCCUUCGCUCAAUGGACCCAACCGCUGCCCCACGCCCCUUUCCAGCGGAGGUUCAGGCAAUCCCAAUUACACCGGCUUCCGGGAGCACAUCAAGUCGAAGGCCACGCUGGCCGAGACCUUCAUGAAGAAUCUCAAUAGGAACAACAAUAACAACAGCAGCAGCAACAACUACAACCACUUGGGCGGCAGCAAUGGCAGUCUCAACCUGACGGAGGCGGAGAGCAACUCCUUUGCCAUCCUGCAGGCGAACAGCAAGAAGAUGCUGGACUCGGCCCGCAAGCAGCACAAGUAUCUGGCCAAGCGAAAGAUCCUGAUGCACUACAACACGGAGCUGGGUGGCGAGAAGCGGCUGAAGGAGAUGGAGCGGGAACGCUAUCCGAGUGCCGAGCAGCAUGACGACGCCUUGAACAACAACCACAGCCACGCCCAGGACAACAUUAUGGAGCCCAUUAUUACGACCAUUGUGCCACAGACGCCGCCACCAUCCACGCACAACAACAACAACUUCAAGAUCCGCCUGGUGGAGAGCCAUCACCUGACCAACAACAACAACCAGAACCAGAACCAGAACCAGAGCAGCAACAGCAACAACAGCAGCAGCAGUCCGGAAUCCAACAACUGCAACAACGAUGAGGAGGCACUGAAUCUGGUCCAGAUACCCAAUGCCAACGGGAGCAGGAACAGAGAGGCCACGCCUACAUGUGCGACUCCUACGCCCGACAUUCAGCUGAUCAAGCGGGAAGUGGAGACGGAACUGCCGCCGGCGGAGAACCUAAGUAACAACAAUGGACACGUCGACGAGAUGGCUGGAGCAGGAUAUGAUCGCAAGUAUGAUGACAACAACAACAACAGCGGAUUGGACAUGGAAACGGACUCGAACAACAACAACAGCAAGCCGGGAGGCGACAACAACAAUGGUCUAGCAUUGGCGCUGGGCAAGCACAAGCUGCUGAGCGCGAUCAAUAGGAGCAUGGAUCAGAAUCACCCAGAUCAUGAACAUCACGAUCGGAAUGCCGAUCACGGCGGGAACAACUGCAACAGCGACGACAACAACAACAAUCACAGCCAGCACCUGGACCUGAGCACCAUCAAAAACAUAGCCACGGCGGAGAUCCUGUGCGGACUGAAGAGCAAGGUGCUCAAGCUGGAGGAGGAGCAGCGCGAGCGGGAGCGCGAAAGGGAGCGGGAACGGGAAGCCUGUCGCAGUCUAAGCGAGAUCAAGAAUGCGGAGUGAUCCCCCCCCCCAUCGAUCGUCGGUGGGUGGAACCCACACUGCCCAGACAAUUAUGCAUUUGAUUACACACAGCAUGGAGCGGAAUCAGCCGAAUCUAUGUUUGCUAAUUAUAGUUAUUUAUUAUACCACUUAA